AUGAUACCAUUCGGUAGAUAUCAAACAUUUUUGGCUGCUCUAUAUUUCGCAAAUUUUAUUACAAACUCUUUUCUUUGCUACAACUAUUCAUAUUUACUUAUUCUACCUCAAUAUAAAUGCCUAAAUCAGACUACUAACAUGUAUGAGAGUUGUGAAAAUGAGUAUAUAUGCCAGACUCUGAAUUAGUAAUAAAGAGGAAAGCUCUGGUUUGUUAAUUAUCAAGAUAUGUUGAGUAUGGAUAAUUGGAUUGAUAGGCUGUAAAUGCAUUGUAGUGAAGGAUACUUGAUUGGACUUUUUGGAUCGAUGGAAUUCUUUGGAACAUCCAUUGCUGCUUUGAUAUUCCCUCCUCUAGCAGACACUUAUGGAAGGAAAUAUUUUUCUUAUGUCUCUAUGUGGCUCACUGUCCUUGUUAUGCUUAUACUAUUAAUAUUUAGAAACAAUCAUAUUUAUUAUGUCGCGUUGACUCUAAACGGUGUAUGCAUAGGACUAAAAUAGUUUAUAUUCUAUACCCACAUUAUGGAAUUUAUGGGACAUAAGACAAGUUUUGUGAGCGGUCUAUUUUUCUUUGUUGACGGAGCAGUCUUCACAGUAUCUCCUCUUAUACUUUAUUUCAUUACUAGAAACACAUAGAUUUUUGUAUAUAUUGGCCUAACUCUGAGUGUUGUUACUAUUUUCAUUUCGCAUACUUACCUGAAGAUACCCGAGUCUAUUAAAUUUAAUCUCAUUAAAAAUAACUACUAAGAAUUGAAUGAAGACAUUAGAAAUAUAAUGAGUUUCAAUAAUACCCCUGAAGAUAUCUAGAAGAAAGUUAUGAUUGAACUUUAAACAUACGAGGAUUAGCAGAUACUUACUAAACAAAAUGAAAUAGCAUUGAAAUACUAAUAAGAAGAUGAGGGUCUCCUUCAAUAAAAGAUAAUAAUUUCUUAGAAAUAACAUUAGAAUAAGAGUUUAUUGGGUACACUUCUUUCUACCAAGUAUGCAGUUUAUAACAUGAUCCUGAUCAGUGUAGGAUGGAUAACAGCUACAUUCAUAUUCUUUUUACUAGAUUUCUUUGUAAAGUAUUUACCCGGAAACAUAUAUAUCAAUCAGCUCGUAGCAUCUUUAUCAAUGUUUGGUUAUCUAAUUUCUGAUCCAGUUGCAGCCAUCUCAAACAAUAAGAUUAGCUUACUAGCAAGUUUUAUUGCUAGUUUAGUAGCAGUUCUAGUUAUGACAGGUGUACAUAACCUAAAUCAAUAUAUGUUUGCUAUUAUAUUUCUGAUUUAUUUCCAACCUAGCUUUUGUCUACAAGUUAUGGAAUUUGCAAUUUCGUUUGUAGAUUAUGCACUUUGCUGGCUCCUUAAUUAGCAGAAUUACAUAAUAAACUAAUACCCAUGUAUGUUAUGA